AUGAACCCCAUCACCACGCGUCUGGUCUUGAGAGAAAAGGAAACCAUGAAACGCGUACAAGGGCAUCCGUACAUUGUGAAAUUGUUCGAAAUCUUUGAGGACGAUAAAAAUGUAUACCUGGUGCUGGAGUACAUCGAAGGAAUAAACAUUAAGGAGUAUCUGAAGGAGUACGGUGCCUUCUCGGAGAGUCGCGCAGCUGUUUUCCUGGCACGGGCUGUACUGGGAAUUAUGCACUGCCAUAAAUCUGGGGUAGUCCACCGUGAUAUUAGUCUGAACAAUAUCAUGGUCACCAGCGAUGACAAUCCAAAAAUUGUGGAUUUUGGGUUGUCCGCUAUGACCCAGAGAGGACCGCUGGAUGGCAAUAUGUUUGUAGAAUCGUGCGGAUCAGCCUUCUUCACUCCUCCGGAAGUGUAUGCAGCCAAGUACGGCGUGCGUUAUGAAGGCGAAGGUGUCGAUGUCUGGGCUCUGGGCGUAGUCCUGCACGUUUUGGUCAGCAACCGACUACCCUUCAACGGCCGUUUCACACAGUGCCGCGCUGGUGUGGGGUACAAACCCCCCAGAAACGCCAGUGAAGACUGCAAGGACCUCCUACUAGCUAUGAUCAGCUCCACACCCGACAACCGCAUCACACUCGCCCAGGUACUACGACACCCCUUCAUAGCACAGCACAUUGACGGAGAGGAUAUCAACUCACUCGCAUGCAUGCCCCGGCCCGACCUGCGACCGGCCAUGCACAGAGAAGCGAUGGAUGUACUGGCGAAUAUGUACGCGCAGAGAUGCGGCGGUAGCACUGGGGGGAUAACGGAUACUGGCUUGGCACAGUAUUUGGAGGACGUGGAGACGGCACUGGCGCGAAGGGUGUACAACCACGUGUCUGUGUCAUACCACAUGGUCAUGAGUGAGAUUGAGCGCAGAGAGAGUGGUGCGAUACUCAGACACCGUGAUAACGAGAGACGAAAGCGGGAUGCGACGAAUGCCGCGAUGGUGCCACCCUCUUACACACAGCCCGAAGUCAGUUCGGUACCAACGAGUAGUGGCACUAAGGAGAUGAAGAGUGCAACGUCCAUUGUAUGUGCACCUCCAGGGUGUGUGGGUGUGAAGGCUUCUGUAGGCAAGACAACAAAUCCGAAUGCGCAGAUAGAUAUGACGGGGAGAAUGAAGGAUCUAAGGCUGACUAGAAACACACAACAGGACGGCGGUACACCUACAGGCGCAGGCACGUGUACGAAAAAGUCAUUUUGUGACAAUCAGGAGAAUCUGAAGCACAUCAGCGCCAUGGUGCAGUACAAUCCGAAACAGAGCAAACCCAGGACGAGGAUACCCAGCCAAAGCCCUGGCAUGGUCAGGUCGGCAUCAGUACACCAGCAGACGCUGGGGCGGACUACGCACCAGCGCAGCUUAAGCAUCACGCCCAGACAGCUGGGCCCACACGCCACAGGACAGAGCCAGUACAGCCAGCCAACGGGGGAUGCGGGCAGCACGAGCACUAUGAACACCCACGUGCACAUGCCUAUAGAUUCAACAACACCCCCGUCUCCGUCACUGUAUAACUUCAUGAGCUUCGAGAGUGUGGCAGGUCUGGGCUCCAAUCUGGCGAGCGACAAUCUCGCGCUGUUCACGGCCAGUGAGUUACAGCUGCCCCAAUCCGCGGGGGCCUUCCGAACCGCUUGUGGUGUGCACAGUUUCUCACCCACACUCGGCAAACCCUCGACCUCCGCUGGCCACGCACGCGUACAAACACACGCACGCGGCACAGGGGGGUUGGGCAUGAGUACCUCGGCGUCCUCAUCCUCGUAUUCGGUAGUGAGCACAGUCGGGGGUGUGCCUGUGCAGCCCUUCCCAGAUAUGCAGAGCCAUUCUCUCGAUAUUUUGGUUGGUGGCGGUGGUGGAGGUGUAGGUCUGGAUCCGAGCUCACCGCACAGUGUCACCAAACUGUCCCGAGGCACCGACCAACGCGUCGCAGGUGUGGCCCCAAACUCGGAGACCAGUCCACCCCUGGUGGGCAGGGGCAGGUACAGCCUAGCGCACACGGGGGCUGUCCCCUCCUCUGUGCAGCGGCCCAGCACAACAGCGCUGAACAUAACCACCAGUACACAGUCACCGCUUUCUCGGCCUUCGUUUUUUAAGUUCGGUACGAUUGCGAGCACCCCGGAGGAUGCUCAGGGUGCCAAUGAGAGGGCGCAAACAAGGCGGACGAGUGAGCAGCUACAGCAACAGUGUGCACUCACAACUGUGCCUGUGGCGGCGACUAAGGAGAUGUGA